AUAUAUUUUAGUAUUUAAAUGACAAAUUAUUAACAUUAAUUUUAUAUAUAAAAAUAUAUUAUUUAAGUAUGCUUUAGGCCACCAAAACUCAAGGACCGCCCUGCACUUCAUCCCUCUAAAUGCUAAUUAUGAUUGGAACCGCCCCAAUCUUGGCUAGCUUCCUUACAAUUAAAUUAGCCGAUGAAGAAAUCAGAAAGGAUUUCACAAAUCUCAAAAAGGUUCCAAAUCUUGCAAAUAAGUAAAUAACUCUUCGUACGGAUAUCACUAUACUGUCUACUUAAAAUCAGUUAAAAUGAAAAUGAUCAUCACUAUCAUUAAUGGGCCUUAAUAACAUGCAAAUAUGAAGUCGGCUUUAAAGGCCCAUUAAAGUCCUCCCGAGAAACCUUGCUUACAUUUUUCAUCGCAGUUCAUUGUUCAACAACAACAACAGGGUUUUUGAUUCUCUGUCUUCUCCAAAGAGAUGUUUCAGAUUCCAAAGACCAAACUUUGUUUCCCACUCUCAACAUUCACCAAAAGAUACUCAUCAUUUCAAGCUACUAAAUCGGUGAUCGACAAGGCUGCAAUCGAUGGGGAGCUGAGAGUCUUCAUUGUCUCCGGCGAAGUUUCCGGCGAUAACAUUGGCUCUCGUCUUAUGUCCUCGCUUAAAAAGCUCUCUCCUUUACCCCUUCGUUUCAAUGGAGUUGGAGGAUCCUUGAUGUGCAAGCAAGGGUUGACUUCUUUGUUUCCAAUGGAGGAUUUGGCUGUAAUGGGUUUGUGGGAGCUUUUGCCACAUUUGUAUAAAUUCCGUGUGAAGUUGAAGGAGACUAUUGAUGCUGCGGUUAAGUUUAAGCCACACAUUGUUGUGACUGUUGAUUCAAAGGGCUUCUCUUUUCGUCUACUUAAGGAGUUACGAGCUAGAUACAAUCAGCAGCGGUUGGAAAAUUGUCCUGUGCAUUUUCACUAUGUCGCACCGUCGUUCUGGGCUUGGAAAGGAGGAGAGUCAAGACUUGGAGGUCUGUCUGAAUUCGUUGAUCAUCUGUUCUGCAUUCUUCCGAAUGAGGAAAGGGUUUGUAGGGAACAUGGGGUUGAAGCAACCUUUGUUGGACAUCCGGCUCUUGAGGAUGCUUCUGAGUUCAACCUUGUGAGGACGUGCAAGCCUCAGGAACUGAAACUUGAAGGCUUGAGUUUUAGCGAACACUCAAUACCUUCUGACUCCACUAUCAUUUCGGUGCUACCAGGGAGCAGAUUACAAGAAGCUGAAAGAAUGCUACCCAUAUUUUGUAAAGCAAUGAAGCUACUCAAAGACCCGUUUCCAAAACUAGUAACGCUCAUCCAUGUUGCAUCCAAUAGUCAAGUUGAUCAUUACAUUGGAGAAUCCCUUGGUGGGUGGCCAGUUCCAGCAAUUUUAGUCCCUGGUGGAUCCACUCAGCUUAAAUAUGAUGCCUUUGGCGUGAGUCAGGCUGCAUUAUGCACUUCAGGAACAGUUGCUGUUGAGUUGCAGCUUGCUCGUCUACCUUCUCUUGUUGCUUACCGAGCACAUUUUCUAACAGAGCUAUUAAUCCGUUACAAAGCCAAGAUACCUUAUAUUUCUCUUCCAAACAUUCUCCUAGACUCCCCAAUCAUUCCUGAAGCUUUGUUUCAAGCUUGCAACCCUUCGAAUCUCGCCUCGAUACUAGAGAGACUACUCUUGGAUGAAAAGAUGAGAGAAAGACAAGUUGUUGGUGCUGAGAAGUUGAUACAGCUCUUGCAUCCGUCAGAAAGCAGAAUGGGCAGCUCAAUUCAUUGCACUGGUUUGGAAUCUCAUCGAUAUACACCAAGCAUUUUAGCAGCUUCGACUAUUCUUAGUUAUGUCAAGCACUAAAAACUCUCGUGAAUCAUAUUCAUUGCACUGGCUUGUAACACUUUAGUUUUUUUGGUCACACAUUGUCAUCACUCAUAAGGACCCCCUUGUUUGAUACUAGAGUACACUGAGAUUAUUUUCUCAGCUCUGUUAUUCUUGCUAUAGGUUGGAACUUUUAUCAUAAGAGUUCUAACAUAUGAUAAAUUACAGUUAAAGGCGA